AGCAGGUCUAUGAAGUGGGAUGUUCUUGGUGCCUUUCUGCAAGAAGCAGAAGCAGCUAAAACACCAGAGCUGCCAUGGAUAUUGCUUUGGAUUCCAACCUGAUUAUUGCUCUAGUUGUUAUUGGAACGACCAUUCUGAUCUUCCUGGUUAAAUCUGCUGGAUCUAAAGAGAAGAAAAAUCCACUAACUCUGCGGGAUCCCAAUGCAAAGUAUCCACUACCUCUUAUUGAAAAACAGGAAAUCAGCCAUGACACUAAGAAAUUUAUUUUUGGACUACCCUCUGCAGAACAUGUUCUGGGCCUCCCUAUAGGUCAGCAUGUUUAUCUCUCAGCCAAAGUCAAUGGGAGCCUGGUGGUGCGGGCUUAUACACCUGUGUCCAGUGAUGAGGUGAAAGGCCAUGUUGAUUUGAUUGUAAAGGUUUAUUAUAAAAAUGUAAAUCCUAAAUUCCCAGAAGGAGGAAAAAUGUCCCAGUAUUUGGACAACAUGAAAAUUGGUGAUACAAUAGACUUCCGGGGUCCAAAUGGUCUCCUUGUCUACAAAGGAAAGGGUAAAUUUUCCAUUCGACCAGACAAAAAAUCAGAACCUCAGAUUAAAUCAACAAAACAUAUUGGGAUGCUUUCUGGGGGAACAGGUAUUACUCCCAUGCUACAACUGAUCCGGCAUAUUACUCAGGACCCAAAUGAUAACACAAAAUGUUCCCUCAUCUUUGCCAACCAGACUGAAGAGGAUAUUCUGUUACGCAAAGAACUAGAAGAAGUUGCCAAUAACCAUCCAGAUCAGUUUAAGCUCUUCUUCACGCUGGACCGACCACCACAAGGUUGGAAUUUUGGAUCUGGUUUUGUCACCGCAGACAUGAUAAAAAAGCAUCUACCUCCUCCAUCAGACGAUGUCCUGGUACUUAUGUGUGGACCUCCUCCAAUGAUACAGUUUGCUUGCCAAGAUAACUUGACAAAGCUUAACUACCCAGAGGACAGAAGAUUUGCUUACUAGCUCUAAGCAGUCCAUUCAAUAUCAGGAUAAAUGUGCAGAAACAGAUCAUUGUCAUAACAUUCCUCUUUCAUAAACAUAAUAUAAAUGAGUCCAUAUGGGCCAUCUGAUAAUACUGAAAGCAGUAUCUUAUAUGUAAAGAGUUUUUUUUUAUAGACACUAAUGAUAAUGUAAUAUACAAAGGUUUUCUGAUGUGUUUAACCUAUUUUGGUUUUGUUUCAAAGUCAGUAAAAGGAAAUAUGUCACUAUACAUAAAAAUGUACUAAUUUUAGUGGACAAACGCAAGAAGUGCACUUCUGACUUUGCUUAUCAACUUGCUGAAGAAUACUUAUUAGAUGGAUCAAGAAAUAACGUUUCUGUUACCUCUAAGAAAGACCAUUUAUAUCCCAUUUUGCAUUCUCGUACAUAUGGACAACAGAUACUUCACUCAGGGAUUUUUUUUACGACAAGUCUAUAGAUGUUUUUGGAUUGUACCAUUUUAAUGUUGUUAAUUUUUAAUACAAGAUGUGUAUUUGCAAUAAUUAUUGUGCCUGUCCUUACACUGUGAAUAAUAGUGUUAAUAUCUCAUUAUACAACAGUCAGUAUUAAUUGUGCCUUUAACCCCAAAUCCUCCAAAAUCCAAAUGUAUCAAUCAUCAAUAAAACAAACACAUUUGUGAA